AUGGCAUUUCAGAAGGCAGUGAAAGGAACUAUUCUUGCUGGAGGAGGUGCUCUUGCCACUGUUCUAGGCCUCUCUCAUUUUGCUCAUUACAAAAGGAAGCAAGUGAACCUGGCCUUCGUUGAAGCAGCAGACUGCGUUUCAGAACCUGUUAACAGGGAGCCUCCCUCUAGAGAAGCUCAGAUACUGACUUUGAAAAACACAUCUGAGUUCGAUGUACUUGUCAUCGGAGGAGGAGCAACAGGAUGUGGCUGUGCCCUGGAUGCGGUCACCAGAGGACUAAAAACAGCCCUUGUAGAAAGAGAUGAUUUCUCAUCGGGGACCAGCAGCAGAAGCACUAAAUUGAUCCAUGGUGGUGUGAGAUAUCUUCAGAAGGCUAUCAUGAAGUUGGAUAUUGAGCAGUACAGGAUGGUAAAAGAAGCCCUUCAUGAGCGUGCCAACCUGCUGGAAAUUGCUCCCCAUUUAUCAGCCCCAUUGCCUAUUAUGCUUCCAAUUUACAAGUGGUGGCAGUUACCAUACUACUGGAUAGGAAUCAAGCUAUAUGAUCUGGUUGCUGGAAGUAAUUGCCUGAAAAGCAGUUAUGUCCUCAGCAAAUCAAGAGCCCUUGAGCAUUUCCCAAUGCUCCAGAAGGACAAACUAGUAGGAGCAAUUGUCUACUAUGAUGGACAACACAACGACGCACGGAUGAACCUUGCCAUUGCUCUCACCGCUGCCAGGUAUGGGGCUGCCACGGCCAAUUACAUGGAGGUCGUGAGUCUGCUCAAGAAGACAGACCCCCAGACAGGGAAAAAGCGCGUGAGCGGCGCACGGUGUAAGGAUGUGCUCACAGGGGAGGAAUUUGAUGUGAGAGCCAACUGUGUUAUCAAUGCCACGGGACCUUUCACGGACACUGUGCGCAAAAUGGACGAUAAGGACACCACAGCUAUCUGCCAGCCGAGUGCUGGCGUCCACAUCGUGAUGCCUGGUUACUACAGCCCAGAGAGCAUGGGACUUCUUGACCCAGCGACCAGUGAUGGGAGAGUUAUUUUCUUCUUGCCCUGGCAAAAGAUGACUAUAGCUGGCACUACCGACACUCCAACUGAUGUUACACACCAUCCCAUUCCUUCUGAAGAAGACAUCAACUUCAUUUUGAAUGAAGUGCGUAACUACUUGAGUUGUGACGUUGAAGUGAGAAGAGGGGAUGUCCUGGCUGCAUGGAGCGGUAUUCGCCCCCUUGUGACAGAUCCCAAGUCUGCAGACACGAAGUCCAUCUCCCGAAACCAUGUUGUGGACAUCAGCGAGAGUGGCCUUAUCACUAUAGCAGGUGGAAAGUGGACAACCUAUCGAUCUAUGGCAGAAGAUACCAUAAAUGCCGCAGUCAAGGCACACAAUUUGAAAGCAGGACCAAGUAGAACAGUUGGGCUUUUCCUUCAAGGGGGCAAAGACUGGAGCCCCACACUCUACAUCAGGCUCGUCCAGGACUAUGGACUUGAAAGUGAGGUGGCCCAGCAUCUUGCCGCCACCUAUGGUGAUAAGGCUUUUGAGGUGGCCAAGAUGGCAAGUGUGACGGGAAAACGGUGGCCCAUUGUUGGAGUGCGUCUUGUGUCGGAAUUUCCAUACAUUGAAGCAGAGGUGAAAUACGGGAUUAAGGAGUACGCUUGUACCGCCGUGGAUAUGAUUUCGCGUCGUACUCGCCUGGCCUUCCUAAAUGUGCAGGCGGCAGAGGAGGCCCUACCCAGGAUUGUUGAAUUGAUGGGCCGAGAACUGAAUUGGGAUGAUUCUAAAAAAGAGGAAGAACUUGAAACAGCCCGGAAGUUUCUGUAUUAUGAAAUGGGCUAUAAAUCUCGAUCAGAACAGUUAACAGAUCGCUCUGAAAUUAGCCUACUGCCUUCAGACAUUGACAGGUACAAGAAGAGAUUCCAUAAAUUCGAUGCAGACCAGAAAGGCUUUAUUACCAUUGUUGAUGUUCAACGUGUAUUAGAGAGUAUCAAUGUCCAAAUGGAUGAAAAUACGCUACAUGAAAUUCUGAAUGAAGUAGAUUUGAAUAAAAAUGGACAGGUUGAACUCAAUGAAUUUUUGCAGCUGAUGAGUGCUAUUCAAAAAGGAAGGGUGUCUGGAAGCCGGCUUGCUAUACUCAUGAAAACUGCUGAAGAAAACCUCGAUAGAAGAGUUCCCAUCCCUGUGGACCGAAGUUGUGGAGGAUUGUGA